GAGCAACCAUAAAAACUUUCCUCCUCCUCCUCCUCUUCGUCUUCUUCCUCCAAUUUCCGUUGCAGAGACGACCGGGAAGGAGGAGAAGAAGAGGACCGUCCGUAAUCUCAUCGCCGGUCGACGGAGAUCCGCGAUCGGCCUCACCCGCAGUUUUCGAUUCGUCGAUCCAGAGGGAACCGCGAGCGAAUUGCCGAACGGAAGCGAACGUCGAAGAUGAGUCAAGACGAUAAAAGCAGAGGCUUGAUCGGCGACCCCCAGCAGAGCCCGAACUACUACGGAACGUUCCAAGGCGUAGCGAACUACUAUAACCCUCCUCCUCCUCCUCCGCAGCUGCAGCAGCAGCAGCUGUUCCCUCCGCCGGUCAUCGGGUUCCCCCACCCGGUUCCUCCUCCGGGCUCCACCGGCAGUCCCCGGUUCUAUCCUUACGGUUAUCAAACCGUCGCGGGUUAUGCAAUUGUGGAGGGAACACCGGUUAGAGAGCAUCGCUUACCUUGCUGCGGUCUUGGUAUCGGCUGGUUCUUGUUCUUGAUUGGUUUCUUUCUCGGUGGCAUCCCCUGGUACAUUGGGACUUUUCUCCUUAUUUGUGCUUGCCCAGAUCGGCGAGAAAAGCCUGGAUAUGUUGCUUGUGCAAUAGCUUCUUUCCUUGCUGUUCUUGCUGUUACUGUGGGUGCGACAAGGGGGCCUCAUAGGUGGUGAGAUCAUACCAAGGGACUCCAGAAUAGUUGUACAGUGAUGCCUUGAGACUGCUGAAAAAAAUUUGUUGCUAUUUUACCUGUCAUUUUAUCUAAAUAUACUGCUUUAGAUGCAAAGUAACUUGUAAGGUUGGUGGAAGACUAAUAAUGCGAGGUUUCUAUAAGGUUUCCAUU